AUGGAGCAGGGAAAGCCAGGAGUGGUGGUGAAGAACACCUUUUUGGAGGUUGGAGAUCACAUGCCAGCUUUCUCUGACUGGCGCCGGCAAAUGUCAGAGCCAGUCAAGAUCUACACCAGCCCAGCCGACGAGGAAGAAGACGAGGCAGAGGUGCCGGAAGAGAUGCCGCCCCUGCCCUUCGCCAUGACACCGCCCUCGACAUCAUCCACACACCCUGGCCAUCCUCAGCCCGGUAUGCCCGGCGCCAUGCCCGGCGCCAUGUCCGGUGUGCCCGGCGCGGUUCCCGGUGCGAUCCCGCCUGGGGCACUGCCCGGAGCGCUGGGCCCAAGCCCAACGCCGUGCUUUGAGGCCCCUCAGCAGCCCAUGAUGCCACGACAGGGGGUUCGAGAGCAAGGCAGAAGGGACAUUCGAAAUGGUCAAGCCAUAAAUCAGUUGAAAAACAACGACAUCACCAGCAAGGAGCCUCCAUGGAAUGAUGUCACCACCGUAAUGAUGAGAAACUUGCCCAACAAGUACAGGCAGCAAAUGCUCUUAGAUGAGCUCGCCGAUGCCGGUUUCCGUGCGCAGACCGAUUUCGAUUUCUUUUAUCUUCCAAUGGACCACAGCAAUGCUGCAAACUUGGGCUAUUGCUUCAUCAAUUUUACGGAACCUGCUUUAGCGAACGCAUUUGCAGCAGCGUUCCAAGGCAAGAAGAUGCGCCGUUUCAACUCGCACAAGACUGUGGUUGUCAUGCCUGCAUCAAUCCAGGGAUACGAAAGAAACUACAAGUAUUACUCUUCGACCCGGGUGGCGCAGGCAGAGGACCCUGCAUACCGGCCUUUGUUCCUGAAGAACAUGGACGACUUGCCGCAGGACAAGAAGGGUGCUGGCAAAGGAGGCAAAGGCUUCGACAAAGCUGGCAAGGGUAGCAAGAAAGGCUCGAAGGACAAGGGUGGUCCCAAAGGAUCGGACGGCAAAGGGGUGGAGGCUUUUUCACGCCUGGCCUUCAUGGGCUUGGAUGAUCCAAACUCUGCGCAGGGAGACUGGGCGCCAAUGGCAGAUCAGAUGCCGUGGCAGCCACAGCCCGUCAUGCAGGCUCCAUACCCUGGAGGGUGCGGCGGCGGGCGUAGCGGCAACAUGGUUGCCUGCGAGCACUGCGGCAAUAUGUGCAAUGCCGACCAUAGGUUUUGCUCUGCCUGCGGCCACCCAGUCCGGAAGAGUGGAGGCUCUUCAAACACCAUGCCAUCAAUGCCUGCGAGAGGGGGGCCGACCGCAGGAGCCCCGAUGAUGAACGGCAUUCCCAUGGCUUGUGGCCCUGUCUGGGGUUGUGGCGGCUGCGGCGGCUGCUGCGGCUGCGGCGGCUGCGGCUGCGGCGGCUGCGGCUGUGGCUGCGGCGGGGCAUGCACCAAGAUUUAG